AGUAAACGGUGGAACGUAAUAUAAUCAAGUUGUCACCCGGACCGUUUUGUUCGUAGCACAGCGGUUCGGGGCGGAAACGGAGGACAAGUAGCCACCAUGGCGGAGACGCACAGCUUGCAGGAUCUGAGGCAGCAGGCCACCGUCGCCUCCAAAGUGUUCGUUCAGCGCGACUACACGUCAGGAACCAUCUGCAAAUUUCAAACCAAAUUCCCCACGGAGCUCGAGACCAGGAUUGAUAAGCAGCAGUUUGAGGAGACGAUCCAGACGCUGAAUAACCUGUACGCCGAGGCAGAGAAGCUUGGAGGGAAGUCGUAUUUAGAGGGCUGCCUCGCCUGUCUCACUGCCUACACCAUCUUCCUCUGCAUGGAGACACACUAUGAAAAAGUGCUGAAAAAGAUUGCCAAGUACAUCCAAGAGCAGAACGAGAAGAUCUACGCUCCUCUGGGUCUGCUCCUCACCGACCCCAUCGAGAGAGGACUCAGAGUCGUUGAGAUAACCAUAUUUGAGGACAGAAGCAUCGGCUCAAGAUAAAACACACCAAAGCAGUGAAUACUGGCCAUGUGAAGUGCUGUCCUGCCGGCGUUCUCGUCAUGCUCGUCAUCGCUCCGUCUCUGUACGCAGACGCUACAUCCUACUCCUUCAUUUUAUUCGGUUUUCCUUCCUCCAUUCCUCGCAGGAGAGCGAAACCUGGCGAGCCCUUCCUUUACAAAGCUGAGCUUACUUCAUUUAUAAGUUUUUGUAUGUACUGUCUUAACUACUUAAUGGGAAUUAUUUUAAAAGCAACAUGUUUUCUCUAGUGCUCCUUUUAAAAUGGUUUCUUGUUCCUGUUGCUUUUUUUUUUGUGUGUGUAAAAUACACACACACACAUCCUGUUUGUUUUUUUUGUACAUAUAUGUGUGUUAAGCAAGGGGCAGGUACCGUGUACAGUGUUGAUUCGCCACACGGCUGCAGUGUUCAGCGAGACGGCGUCCCUUCAGUAAAAACGAAUCAUCAAUGCCAACCUUUAAAAACUGGCGUAUCGGUAAUCCGACACGUCUUCAUAUUAUGAUCAGUUUACCCCAGUUUACAAUACGACGAUAUCACGAUUACAUUUACAAUCCUACGUUAAUACACCGAUUAUGCAGAGUGACAGACGUCCGUGCUUCAUCAAGGGCGGAGCUUGCGUUCGAUCAGCCAAUUGCGAGUCUGAUCUUCAGCAUGAACGUUUCUGUUUGACGACUUACUGGUCUAAUCACACGACGUAACGGUGAACCUCACUAGCCAAAGACGGCUACCUUUUCUCCAGCUAACCAGUCUUAUCUAACUUUAACGUUAACUCUUCAGCAUAUGUUAUAUUGUGUGAUUAAAAUAAUUCUUUUAAUGCAUCACAAGUACAAGCGAUCUCACAUCUUGUUUGUGAUUGGCCGACUGCGUUGAUCUUUUUGACCACAGGACGCCUUUUACUUUGCAAAAUCAGGAUGUUUGGGGUUUUUUUUUUUCCAGUCCUGUUUUUUAAAAAUUAAUUUAUAUAUAAAUAUAUCUAUCGCCUUUACUCAAGAUAUGUCAACGAUACGGACACUUUAAAGAUGACUGUCCUUAUACUGCCUUAUGAGUAGGACAGAAUUUAUCCCCACAUAUUUAGUCCACGUGUGUCAAAUAUAGCAUAACUAACUAUUGGCACAUACUUAAUAUGUAGAUAUAAUGUACAUUUUAAUUGCAUUAGCACUGAUGAUGAUGAUGAUGAUGAUGAUGUCUAUUCCAUCCGAUCCAUAUACAGUGAUUUCGCUUUGAUCAAACACUAACAUACACAGACUAACCCCGGUCCUGCACACUAUUAUUAAAGACUUUAGCUUGAAUCGUGUGGAUGCAGAUGCACUCGUUAACGUGUGUGCAAACUUAAAGCCAGGUUUUACUCCAGUCGACAGAAAGAUGUGUUCUUAAACGAUGGUUUGAUCGAAUCUGUGGCCUCUUCGUAUCGAUACCGACGCCGUAAAUCCCUUAAGGCAAAACAAGACGCCAUGUUGUAUUGGAUUCAUGAGCACAGCUGCCAUUUGUAUCUUUGUUGUACCAUAAUAAACUGUUGUCUUUUCUUGAAGGCUCUCUUCACACCUUUAUUUAAAAUGUGUAUGGUAAUAAAGUUAAUGUAAAUUCAA